GUGAUUUUUGGGGGCUGUCGCGAGUGCUGUGGGAGGUUUUGUGAAUCGCCAUGCUGCAACAAAUUUUGCAUGAUAUGUACAUUGACCCUGAGCUCCUGGCAGAACUGAAUGAAGAGCAGAAGCACAUCCUGUUCUACAAAAUGAGGGAAGAGCAGCUGAGGCGUUGGAGGGAAAGGGAGGAAAAAGAACAAAGAGAGGAAGCUGCGCUGAAAAGGACAGCGAGAUUCAAGCAAAGUAAUGACAGACGUGUGCAGUGGCUGCAUGGGAGUGAUGGUGAGAUCUGGGUCUGGAUUAUGGGAGACUCCCCAGGUGACAAGCCAUAUGAACAGAUUUCUGAGGAACUAAUGGCAGAACAAGCCAGGCAACAAGCACAGAAGGAGGCAGAAGAACUAUGGACGCAAAAAGAGGCUGAAAUUACAAAGAAAUUCCGGGAUGCUAUGGCUAAGGAGAAAGCCAAAAUAGUGGCAGAAAAAUGGAAAAUAGAAACAGAAGAUCGCAAAGCAGCCAAACUGAUGGAGGAAAAAAUUCAGGAGGAAUUAAAGAAAAGAGAGGAAGAAGAGAGGCAGAGAGGUGAAGAACAGAUACGAAAGCAGGAGGAACUUAGAGCAAAAGAGUUGUACUUGAGCCUCAAGCAAGCUCAACAGCACAGCCAACACAAUGAACAUGAGGACCAGGAGUGGAAAGAACAGUUGCGCCGCUCAAAGGCUGCAGAUGAGGAAAGGAGCCACAAAGCACGCAGGGCCCGGGAUGAAUAUCGACGGCAAUCCUUACGAGCCAUCCAGAAAGGAAAAGUGGCUGGCUUGAGUAACCUGUUCAAGGGGACCAGCCUGAAUAAUGAGCCAGAGAUAAAGCUGAACAGCAACAGUCCUAGCCCAGUAAUGACGCUCACUACACCAGCCAGGAAAGCUUGGGAGCGUCCUUCUAGACCCAUUUCCAGAGAAAUCCUCAUUCGCUGGUUCAAGGAAGAGCAGCUUCCACGACGUGCUGGGUUUGAGAGGAACACCCAUGCUGUAGCGCCCUGGUUUCAUGGUAUUAUUAGCCGCCAGGAGGCAGAAGAGCUGCUAAUGAACAAGUCUGAAGGAGCAUUCCUGGUGCGGGUCAGUGAGAAAAUCUGGGGCUAUGCCUUGUCUUAUCGCCAACAGAGCGGGUUCAAACACUUUUUGGUGGAUGCUUCGGGGGAUUUCUACAGCUUCUUGGGCGUGGAUCCCAACCGGCAUGCGACACUCACGGAUCUUAUUGAUUUUCACAAGGAAGAAAUUAUCACAUCCUCAGGUGGGGAGUUACUACUGGAACCAUGUGGACAGAGGAAGAAUCCACCUGACUACAGUUCCUUAUUUGAAUGACUGUUUUCUGUCUUUAGGACUAGAAUGAAAACCCUACUACUAGGGUAGUUAAAAUAGUAUGUUAAUUAUCAAAUUUUCAGUUACUAGCUGUUUGGCCAACAAACUACCACCAUUAACAGGUCCUAGAAGCAACCAUUUGAUAUCUGAUUUGUGGUAAUUAUUUAUAUCACCAAGAGUUUAAAGAUGGGAGAAUACUGACUGACUACAAGUGAAAACAAUUCUCAGUAGUCUUUCUAAGAGAUGUAGUCAACUGGCAUUGGCACUCAAGGUCAUUUUAAUUUUUCAACUAAUGUCCAGGGUUGAAAAUGCUAACUGACAUGACUUUAAGGAGGAAGGUGAACUACUGUAUACAUUCAUAAGAUGUUGUAUGAAAUACUAAUAUGUUGAAUUAGGUUCUUUCCUCUGACAUCAGGUUUGCUAGUUUCCAAUGACAAGCUCAUCAGUCAAUCUUGCAGUUUUGCAAAUGGACUUUAAAAACCUAUGUAAUUUGUGAUAUAUUAUUGUUUACUUUCAAAUUCAGGCCUAUAAAGUGAAAUUUCCCUCAGAGCAGACAGUCCCAACAAGAUCCUGUGCACUAUUAAAGACUUUAUGGGUCCAGCAGCAUUGGAAAGACUUUCACCUGUUCUGUAGAAGAUGGUCAAUUAUUCUGCACCAUGUAGCUAAUCACUGUUUCCAACAGGAAACAAACAAACAAAAAACCUACAAGAUUUACAACUCACAAAUCACUUUAUGUUGGGAAUGUAAUUUUGAAACUUGAAGUAAUGAAUUAAUUAAGGAUGGGGAAAUCACUCUGGAUAAAAUAUGAAGUGACCUGAAUCCUCACCCAAAACUCUAGCCAAUCCCUGACAUUUCUCUACUUUCAGUGAUGCCCAAGCCGCAUCUUGCAGUUUCCUGGCAUUACUUUUUAAUAGUUCCAGACAUUCCCUUAUCAGUUCUGCUUGCAAGGGAGUUAGACAGAUCCAUGUAUAAGGCAUGACGUAUUUAUUAGAUAUCAUGCCUGUUCACCUUUACAUAUGAGGCAGAGAGUUCUUAAAGCAUUUGUUACAGCCACAUACUAAAUAUCAGAACAUAUCUAAAGAAACAGGUAUACCGAAGUGAGUAACAUAGGCUAGCUACUUAGACUUACUUGAUUGAUGAGUUGGAGAUCAUUCCAUUAGACAAGUUAUGAAGUAUUUAGAAGAUUUUUAAAGAACUCUCACUAGCCUUCUGGUUUGCUCCCAGGCCCCUUUGCAAGGAGCUGUCAGUUGGACUCAGCUGGGGUAUACAGUUGUUUCCCCUUUCAGUUCCUCAGAUCCUAUUCCUCCCUUCCCCAGGAGGCCAUAAUUUCAGAAUUGUCUGGCCAUGCUGAAGGUUUGUUUACAAUAUACAGCAUAAUGUAUUUGAUCUGAGUCAUUCUCAGUGGAGGGAUGUAACUGAAAUGACCAUGUGACUCCAUAAGUGGGUAGUUUCUCCAUCUUUUCAGAUACUUAAGACCCAUUUUGAAUAAUGAGAGACUUUGCCCACAGCUACAUCUCACAUCUCAUUUCCUCUGCCUGCUCCUUAAAAAUCUUCCCAGUACUCUCUUAACUCCAACCUUUGUGCUUCUCUCUCACUUUCAGCUUUGUGCCUUACUUUAUGAUAUUCUCAUGCUUGGAACAGCCUCACAAUUCAUAUGUGCCACUCUCCCACAUCCCCUUAAAACCUUUUUCUUAUUGUUGAAUCCCUUCCUCCUCAGAGGGUGACUCCAUUUGCUUGUGCCCUUGAACAGGUGUAUUGUAUCUGUCAGAAUUAGACUGUAAACUGAUCUUCAGGGGAA